AGUAGAUAGUAUUUUUAUUUGACUGACAUAUACUUCCUCUAUUAAAGUUUAGAUAGAAACUACUUUACAGCAGUUCCAAAAGAGCAUAUAGCAAUCAAUGCAUGUCAAAUUUGAACUUACACCUGAUUUUCGGCGCAAUCUUAUAAAUCAAGAAAAGUUGAAUUGAACGCCAUUUUCUUUGCAAGGAGAUAGAUCUCAUCAGUCACUGAGUGAGAAAGGAGAGUGGGAAAUAACACAAGGUAGCUAUGUGUAACAACAACAAUACCUGUGAAGUGGAGAUCCUCCAAGCCGUGGGCUACCUUCCUGUGUUCCUGGUGGGCUUGCUACUCAACAUGGCGGUUCUACGCGUCUUCCUCGCCAAACGAGCCAUGUGGACUGAGACACACGUCUACAUGCUGAACCUCGCAAUAGCCAACUGCUCCCUCGUGUUCUUCCUCCCCUUCCGCAUCUACAAUGCCUUCCACCGUCUAGACAGAACAAACUUCUGCACCUUCCUCAUCUCCACACAUUACAUCAACAUGUACGCCAGCAUCCUCACGGUCACCGCCAUCAGCAUCCACCGCUACCUGGCGGUCAAGUACCCGUUCCACACCAGAACAUGGCGGUCAAAGAAGGUGGCUGCGGUGGUGUGUGGGACCAUAUGGGUCACCGUAGUAACGAUAUGUGUCGUGUUCAGAAACGACAACCAUCCUCGCAAACUGAUUACAUGUUAUGAAGUAUCUCAAGAAAGCACGUUGUCAGUUGAGUUCCUUGUGGUUCUAGAGGUGCUGGGGUAUCUUCUGCCAGUUUUGAUUUUAGUGUUCUGUUCCACACAGACCAUAAGGGUUCUAAUGAAGGAGAAGGAUGAGGAUGAGGACACCAUGGUGGAGAAGAGGAACAUUAUUGGCAUAGUAACAGCCAACCUGAUCGUCUUUGUGGUCUGCUACACACCCAUCCAUCUUGGGUUUCUGCUGAGAUUCCUUUUCAAAAGAAAUAAAUGGGAAUCUUUAAAAUUAGUGCGUGAUUUUUGGCUAGUUUGUGAAUGGAUUGCUACCACAAACUGCUUCCUGGAUUCCAUUAGUUAUUACUUUCUGUUGAAACAGUUUUAUUUUGAAAACAGCAGAUCAGCAGUGAACACACACGACCGACAAUGAGUCAUCAUACCCCUCCCUUCAUGUUCUACACCACCACAAUAAUGUCAUCAUGUUUUUGUCAACAUUUCUUUCAUUAAAAUAAUGUAUUAAA